CGUAAACGUCAGGGACAACAGAAGUUAACGUGGGGUAGGGACAAUAAUCAAGAACGCGGAUUCUCGCACUGUAAGACAAAUAACGGGUAGUGUCAAUCUCCUGGAAGUCUCCUCAUCCCAAUUUUCCACAGCCCCUCUCUCUCUCUCUCUCUCUUUCUCCCUCGCUGCAACAUUUUGUUCUCUCUCUCUCUCUCUCUCUCUCUCUCUCUCUCUGCAUAUUGCAAUUACUACAUCCUUUCCUGAUUCAGCCAUGACAGGCAGAGAAAUCCUCCACAAGAUGAAGGAAAAAGUUGGGCUAGGCUCAUCUGCAUGUGACACUGGAAAAGGGAAGAGUAAGAUGUCAAAGCACGUAACACUUGGUUAUCACUUGGUUAAGGGAAAAUCCAGUCACCCCAUGGAAGAUUAUGUUGUUGCCGAAUUCAAGCAAGUUGAAGACAAUGAGCUUGGUCUGUUUGCAAUAUUUGAUGGUCAUUUGAGCCACGACAUUCCCGAUUAUCUACGGUCAAAUUUGUUUGUAAAUAUUUUGAACGAGCCUGAUUUCUGGACUGAAACAGAAAGUGCAGUCAGGAGAGCUUAUCGUACUACUGAUACCACGAUUUUGGAUAAAGCAGUAGAUUUGGGUAAGGGGGGUUCGACUGCAGUUACUGCAAUAUUGAUUAAUUGUGAGAAGCUGGUGGUAGCUAAUGUUGGAGAUUCAAGGGCUGUUAUAUGCAAGAAUGGUGUGGCCAAACAAUUGUCAGUUGAUCACGAGCCUAGCAAGGAAAGGGCGUACAUUGAGGACAGGGGUGGCUUUGUAUCAAAUUUUCCAGGUGAUGUUCCACGAGUUGAUGGACAGCUGGCCGUAGCAAGAGCAUUUGGCGACAAAAGCUUGAAGAAACACUUGAGUUCAGAACCAGAUGUGUUCUCCGAGAUUGUGGAUGAGGAUACAGAGUUCAUCAUCUUAGCAAGUGAUGGCAUCUGGAAGGUGAUGACAAAUGAAGAGGCAGUGGACUGUAUCAAGCACAUAAAGGAUGCGAAGUCAGCUGCUAAGCACCUUGCUGAAGAGGCACUUACAAGGAGGAGCUCAGACGAUAUUUCCUGCAUAGUUGUAAAGCUUCAGUGACCCUUGCUCUGGAUUGUCGGAUUGGUUAAAAGCAAGUUAUAGUUGGGUUACCGCAGCUUGAGAAUCAAACCCGAUGCCGAUAUUGUGGAAGCAAGUAAUAGUUGGGUUACCGCAGCUUGAGAAUCAAACCCGAUGCCGGUAUUGUGGCCUUGCAUCGGUUGUUUAUGUUUCCCAGUAUAUACAGUAUUUUUCCACCUUUUAUGAUUUUCUCUCUCUGAUCAGCACUAGAAACAAGCGAAAUGUAUCAAUUUGCAUCACUUGUAAGCAAAGUUUGCUCGCACUGUAGAAUAAGAGGGAGCUUUGAUGUCAACUCCCUUGUGCCUAUCUUCGUUGAGCUUAAUCUCAAUAAUAAGUAGCUGUCAUUGUGCUA